AUUUUAAUCUGGGACUUGAUUUUUGAAUAAUAUUGGCUAAGAUGCUUCAAAGAUCUUACGAGAUAAAACCUUAAAAUGCAGAAAGAUCCAUAAGAAUACUUGGCAAAGUAAGAAAGUUUUAUAAAAAUUAGUGUGUUGUAGAUGCGGUUGCUUUGUUAGUAGUCUCUUAUCAAGAGUGUUCUAUAAUAGUAAAAUUUGAUAGCUCUUCAGCCUGACUUUAGUCGGGCGCAAACGUGCACACGGGGCUGAAAUGACUAUCUUGCACGUGCAUCUAACUUUAUUUUUCGAUACAAUGUCUGUUGGACGAGAUUUUAAGUAUGCUCGAUUUCUCGAGCGCGUCAUUAUCUGUGUAGUAUAGCGCGCGCGUGCUUAUCGUAUAUUUUACUGUUGACUGGGUCGUAGUCGGUCGUCUUCUUUGCUUGCAUAAUUGUUUAUUAUUUAACGCCUCGGUUUACCAAAUUAUAAUCUCAAGCUUCUUCUUAUAUUUUCAUACGCUGGCAAAAAAGUCAAUACUUUUAUCAAUUGUCAUUGAUAUUGGUGUCGUGGCUUCAUUAAAAAUACGUCGCAAUUAUACGAUCAUCGAUAAUAUCAGAACAACGAAUAGACAGUUGCAGUUACAAUGUAAAUAUUAUCGUGCAUAUCAGCUGACUGCCGAUAAGUGUCAGGUGCACCAAGGUGCGUUUCGCGUUGGGUCGCCCUCGGCAGUCCUUUCGAGUGUUGUCGCGCCGAGCGAUUAGAAACGGAUGUUAAAAAUAGAUCGCUUCCACCUGUGUGACUCUGAUGCUGAGCGAUCGUCAAUCAGCGCACAGAGAUGAAUAAAGAACGCGAGGUUGCGCGCACUGCCUCGUUACGUGCCGAGGCGCACACUCGCGAACACUGUCUCGUGAAAAACAACAUUGUUCACCUCGAUACUGUUAUCGUUUGACCGCCCCUUUCUCCCCGUCGACUUACGCGUCUGAUUUGCGAGUGUGCCAAAUUCUUAUCGUCAUCUGUUGUCACGAGCACGUGAAAACACCGAGUUUAUGAACUGCCAAGCGUCCGUAACUAGAUAUAUCAUUGCAAAAGCGUAGGACGCGUCGGGAGCGCGCCGACGGCGGUAUCCGCUGCCCCAUGAUGGCCAGCCGAUGGGCUGCAUGGCUCUGUCGUGCCGAACUCACGCUGUGCGUCGCAUUAUCGCGCUGCGUCACAACAAAGGCCGAUCCGCGGUUGCAACGGAUAAGUGAGUCGUGUCUGAGAAACUGCACGUCCCGUGCGGCGUCGGCACACGCGCGCGCCAGCGAUCGCACCGACGGUGGGGAAAUCGCGAGAAAGGGCGGCUUUAUGGUGGCAACCAGGUUGGUGGGAGAGACCGGCGCCGCUUUUUAUACGGAAAGGGGGACGUGCGACCAGCUACAGUGUUCCACGACAGACUCGACAGGCAGCAACUCGCGAAUCUAGCUUGAUUUGUUUUUCAAUCGACGACCCAGCGAAACUUCAAUUCGUUGAUUUUUGCGUCUGCGAUCGAAAUUGGUGCUCCGAAAUUGUCCGAAAACCAAACUCGUCGAACUUGGAAGAGGAGUAGUCAGAAUGGCAACGGUGCUGAUGAGGAUGGGCCUUCGCCAGGCCUUCCUUGGUAAGAACCUGAUGGAGAGGAAGUUAGUGCCGGCCGUCUGCAGUGGCUUUCUGGAGAACGACGCAGCCAUUUCGCAGGACGCCAUUCACGUCUUCGCACCGAAGGUCCGGCAAUACAACGCCAUGCGUCAGAUGAGUAGCGGUACCCGUAAAGUUCAUCACGCUCAAGCGUCCAAAGCGGCCGCGCUGGACGAGGAGAAGAGUGAUCACGAGAGCGACAGCGGCAGCGGCAGCGACAGCGACGACGAUGGCCCAAGGAAUCGCGAAUCUGCUAGGGCUCGCUCACACUUCUGGAGACGGAAGAUGAGGACGCUACAUAGUCACUUGGAUGUUAACAAGGACGGAUGGCUUAGUUACGAUGAUUUCAAGCUACUCGGCGAGAGAUUCGCCAAACUGGGACAUCUAACUGUCCAGCAAAAAGAAGAGUUUCAGGCUGUAUUAAGACAAAUGUGGGAAGAACAGUGGGGUGCAAUUGACAAGUACAAUCUCAUUGACGUUGAGAAGUAUCUCACAGAAAUGCACCACGUUCUCGAGGACAAAUCUCUGAGAAAAAAAGUUCACUCGUUCCUGCCGUUCUUAUUCAAAGCGGUAGACAAAGACAACAGUGGAGAAAUUUCGGUCGAAGAAUUUAAACUCUUCUUCAAAUGUUUAGGAAUGGAAAACGACGAUGCAGUCGUUACUUUCACUUAUAUCGACAUCAACGAAGAUGGAAAGCUCAGCAUGAAAGAGUUUGUCAAACUAGGUCGAGAUUUUUUCCUCACUGACGACCAAACAAAGCCCAGUAAACACUUUUGGGGACCAUUAGUCGAUUAAUUCUUAAUG